GGGGGCAGGGGACGGGGCCGCGCCGCGUGGGGGCCGCGAGCGGAGGGGAGAGAGGAGGCAGCGGUGCUGCACAAGUAUUUCCUGCCUUUCCUUGGGACAGAACCUGUCCUAGAUUUAGAUGUCUGAAUGGAUAUGUGGAACUUUUCCUACACUUGCCUGGCAUCCUUAUGGCUGCACAGAUUUUACAUCUAUUCUGUUAUUGCUUUUGGGAUUAGUCUCUGGAUUGCUGUCCAGCUCUUCACCACCAAAAAGAAGGGUGAAAAAUCCAAUGGGAAUCUGUCUUCUGAAGUCGUAGAAGAAAAACAAGCAAAUGGAUAUGCUGCCCUGCAGGCGAAGGAGGUCUAUGUUGCUGGUGUAAAGAUUUUCUAUGGGUCUCAGACUGGCACAGCAAGGAGAUUUGCGAAAGGUCUGGCUGAAGCAGUUAUUUCCCUUAAUUUGCCUGUGGAAGUAAUUAGCAUGGGAGAUUAUGAUCCAGAUGACUGUCUAGCAGAGGAGACAACCAGCAGGAACAUUUGUGUGUUCUUGGUAGCUACGUACACAGAUGGACAGCCAACUGAGAGUGCUGCAUGGUUCUGCAAGUGGUUAGAAGAGACUGCAAAUGACUUCCGCUUUGGCAAAACCUACCUGAAGGGCCUGAGAUAUGCUGUGUUUGGCUUGGGAAACUCAGUUUAUGUUGAUCAUUAUAACACGGUUGGAAGAAAUAUUGACAGAUGGCUGUGGAUGCUCAGUGCCAGCCGUAUCAUGACUCGUGCUGAGGGGGACUGCAACGUGGCCCAGAGCAAGCAUGGCAGCAUUGAGGCUGACUUCGAAGCCUGGAAAACCAAGUUCCUCAGUUGUCUCCAGGCUCUCUGCAGAGGGGAAAGGAAGCCCUGCAGUGGGAAGUGCAAGAAAGGGAAGUGCAAAUCCCAGGGGAAGCAGAGCAAGGAGAGCUCAGAUCAUGAACAUGGGGCAUCAGAGUAUGAGAAUGCUGAGGCAGAAUUGGUUGAAACCACUAGUGAGGAAGAGGCUGAUGCUGAGGAAGUUGGAGGCACAAAUUCUGUCAUUGAUGUUGAAGAUCUUGGCAAUGUCAUGAGCCACAUGAAGAAAGCCAAGAGAGAACGUGAGCUUGAGGAAGGACAUGUUGGAACGAGCUUGUCUGGAGAGACCGCCGGGAGGAAGGAGGCAGGUGAAAAGAGAGAGAUGAUAACCGCAGCUCUGAGAGACGCACUCACAAAGCAAGGUUACAAGCUGAUCGGAAGCCAUUCUGGGGUGAAGCUUUGUCGAUGGACAAAGUCGAUGCUUCGAGGCCGAGGCGGCUGCUACAAGCACACAUUUUAUGGAAUUGAGAGCCAUCGCUGCAUGGAAGCCACGCCGAGCCUUGCUUGUGCCAACAAAUGUGUGUUUUGCUGGAGACAUCAUACAAAUCCAGUGGGCACAGAGUGGAGAUGGAAGAUGGACCAACCUGAAAUGAUCUUGCAGGAGGCUAUUGAGAACCAUCAGAAUAUGAUUAAGCAGUUCAAAGGAGUGGCAGGAGUAAAAGCAGAUCGUUUUGAGGAAGCAAUGACAGCAAAGCACUGCGCGCUGUCACUGGUGGGAGAGCCCAUCAUGUACCCGGAGAUCAACCGCUUCCUGAAGCUCCUGCACCAGCACAAUAUCUCCAGCUUCCUCGUUACAAACGCACAGUUUCCAGAUGAGAUUAGGAACCUCGAGCCAGUAACGCAGCUGUAUGUCAGCGUGGAUGCCAGCACCAAAGAGAGCCUGAAAAGAAUUGAUCGACCCCUCUUCAAGGAUUUCUGGCAGAGGUUUCUAGACAGUUUAAAGGCCUUGUCUGAAAAGCAACAGCGUACAGUCUAUAGACUGACACUGGUGAAAGCUUGGAACGUGGAUGAACUCAGAGCCUAUGCUGACCUGGUAUCCCUGGGUAAACCAGACUUCAUUGAGGUCAAGGGGGUGACGUACUGCGGAGAAAGCUCGGCCAGCAGCCUCACCAUGGCCAACGUCCCCUGGCACGAAGAGGUGGUGCGCUUCGUCCAGGAGCUGGUCGAACUCAUCCCAGACUACGAAAUUGCCUGUGAGCACGAACACUCGAACUGUCUGCUGAUAGCUCACAAGAAGUUCAAGGUUGACGGCGAGUGGUGCACCUGGAUCAACUACGAGCGCUUCCAGGAGCUGGUGCGAGAGCACGAGAGGAGUGGGGGAUCAAAGACAUUCACAGCAGCAGACUACACAGCCAGGACUCCUCACUGGGCGCUUUUUGGGUCCAGCCAACGGGGCUUUGAUCCCCUGGAUGUAAGAUACCAGCGGAAGAGCAAAGCAAAAGACAUCUCUGGGUGCUGACGUUAGGAUGGGGCUCGCCAGUCUGCAGGCUGGCUGAUGGAUGAGCUUUGGUCUUCAUUUCCAUACUAACACCCAUAUCAAAUCUGUUCACGUAGACUUUCUGAAGUUGAAUAUUGAGAAGGAUGUUGAAGUCUUUGUUUAACCCUUCCUUGCUGUUUUUAGGGCUUCUUGGAUGGAAGUAUUUAUAACACUUUUUACCUUGUACAAAUGCUGCGUGAGAGCAAUGUGUCAUCGUUGGCAGCGCCAUCGGGGAGGCCGCGUUCAUGAUCUCUGUGGCUGUGCAAGCUGGGGUUCAGGUGCGGGGGGGGUGGGCGUUGGUGACGAGUCAUAAGGGAGACCAGGGGUGCACCCAGCUCGGCUGCAAAGUGUGUGGUGUCCAUAGGGGUAAGUGUGAAGGGGAUUUAGGCACUGCUGGCUGGCUGGGUCUGUGCAGGUGCGACUGCAGGCAGAUCUAAAAGCCCCACUGAAGGCCUCAUUGUACCAACAACUGUACCUUUAUGUGUUCUGAACGCCUGCUGUCUGCUGAAAGACCCUGUCUGCUGCCCAAGGUUCAGCUUACUGGGGAUGGUGUAAGUAACAGCACCCCUACUAAUGUCGUGUGCAACUUCUGAUAUCUGUCCAAAUGAUUUCCAACUCCAUGGUUUCGGCAAUGUGUACUUUCCAAGCUGUUUUACUCCAGUCUCCCAGCAGCCUUAACCAGCACAUGAUCCGUCAAAGCCACGCUGUGCUCAUGGAAGGAUGCCUUUGCUCCACCUGUGCAAUUCACCAGCCCCUUGUGGUUUAAGCCAGCGGGCAGCUCAGCACCACGCAGCCACUUGCUCAUUGUCCACAGUGGGAUGGGGAGAGAAUCGGAAACAGGUAAAACUCAUGGGUUGAGAUGAAGACAGUUUAACAGGCCAGAAGAGGAAGGGAAGAUAAUAAAGGAACACACAAAACAAGUGAUGCACGACACGAUUGCUCGCUGCCUGCUGACUGAUGCCCAGCCAGUCCCUGAGCAGCAGUGGCCCCUCCAGCCAACUCCCCCUGCUUAAUUGCUCAGCAUGACACCAUAAGUUAUGGGAUAUCCCUUGGGCCAGUUUGGGUCACCUGUCUUGGGUCACCUGUCCUGGCUGUGUCCCUUCCGAAGCUUCUUGUGCACCCUAAGCCUUCUUGCUGGCAGGGCAGCAUGAGAAGCUGGGAAGUGUGGCUUUGUGUAAGCACUAAAACUUUGGUGUGUUACCAACGUUAUUUUCCUCCAAAGUCCAAAAUAUGGCACCAUACCAGCCACUGUGAAGAAAAUUAACUAUAUCUCAGCCCAAACCAGGACCCAGCAUCACCACUGGUUUGAAUAGGGGUGCCAAUCUGAUGUAAGUGAAAACCCAAUCCAGUUGAUUUCUUCUGUGUCAAGAACCUACUUCUUAUCAUGGAGUGGUGACAUCCAAGCAUGGGGUACACUGACAGCCACAGGGGUUGCCUUGCACUCUCUUUGGAGGUACUGGGGUCUGGCUGGAAAAAUGCGUUUAAAUGAGAGGGGAAGGGGUUUGCUGUUGGGAAGAUCACUGCUCUCACGUGCCUUUCUAUUUAUGCAAUACCCAUGUCGGCUGCAGUCUCAGUGUGAGCUCUCACUGAUGUGUUAGGAAGGACUGGCAUGAAAAUACCCAGGGCAGACCUCACUGGGGAAGCACCACUGUGGUCAGGCUGUGUGUUCAGUCCCUGAAGGCCUGAAAUAGCCCCAGACAUCCCUGAUGCCUGCUGGCUGCCUGCCACAGCUCUGCCAGACUUUUCCCCAGGGGGCAGGAGGGCUUCCCCACCUUCUCCUCCCACUCCGUUGCGAUGUGGGGUGGUUGCAGUCCCCGCUUCCUCCAGCAGCUGCGUGGUGGAAGCCUGACACUGCUCCAGCUGAGGAGCCUGGCCAAGCCAGCUGCAGAAAUGUGGCUUGAGUGGAGACCCAGAGGUGCCAGCUGGGGAUGGGAGAAUGCAGCCAUGCUCCAGCAUCUGCAUCCCCGCCGGGCUCCAGGUGCUCGCAGUGCUCCCACCGCUGCUGGCUCCACAAGCGCUUGCAGCCUGGGAUCCGCGGAGCCCACGGUGUUGUCGAUGGGUGCUCCUCAGAUUGUGACUGUUUUUAAGAUUACCUCAUUUCUUAAAUUGUUAAAAGUGAUUCUGAAAAAGAAAGAAAAUAAAAAAUAAUUUUCCCUAGGGCA